AUGACGCCUUCCCAUCCUAUCAACGAUGACGAUGCCGCUUAUUUCACAUUGUCGCAAUUCGAUUUCGAAUUACAACAACAAGCACAAGCCGUUUUGCAGCAAGGCAUUUGGCAGGAUUUCGAUCGUUACUUGCCAAUGGACGAUGCUCCUCUGUACGCUCCACCUCCUCCAUCUUCGCACCUUUCUUCCACUCACAACAGCCUUUUAUUCGGUCAACCCAUGACUCACCCAUCCCAACCGCCGCCAUCAGCACCCACCACGGCCGGAGUCAUGUUCACUCAGCUUGAUAAUAACCCCUUGAUGGGAAAUUUGACCAAAGAAUCCAUGCCAUCAUCGAUUCCUUCCACGACCAUGCCCACUCCCAUUGUUCCUUCGCAACGGACAGAGGAUGAAAAAUUGCACAUCAACACUGUCAUGACAUCGGUGCCGGCUGCUCAGGAUACGUUAUACACGCCAUCCAUUGAUCCCCACCCCGCUGUGUCACCUCCCAGCACCGUGGUGUCUUCCAAUGCCGGCUUGGACAAGUCACUGGAGACAGAUUUUUCAUCGCACUAUCCAGUGUCUUCCACGACCUAUCUUUCGCCACCCGAAGCACCGGCCACACAGCAAUCGUCGCCCCUGUCAGCCCCGUCAUCUCAAAUGCCAUGGAAUAUGGAGUCGUCACCGGAAAAUCUGAAUAAGGAUAAAAUUGCUAUUGAACGACUCAAGCCCGCGACCACCGCCGCCAAUGGAGGUACAAUGUCGAGCAAUGGAAAUCGUGACGGAACAACGCCUGGGCCCGGUCGUGCUCAAAAGAAAACGGCUCACAAUGCCAUCGAAAGACGUUACCGAAAUAACAUCAACGACCGAAUUGCUGAGCUUAAAAAUGCGGUACCCGCCCUUUUGCAUGCCAAAGUCAAAGAUGCACGCACGGGUAAACGCUCGUACCGCGAUGAUGACGACGACGAUGCUGAGGAUGGCGAAGAGUACUUGGACGGUGUAGCCGUAGCGACCAAAUUAAACAAGGCUACUAUCCUGAGAAAAGCCACCGAGUACAUUCUUCAUCUGAAAAAAGUGGGCGAUGACAUGGGCCGCGAAAAUGCCAUUCUUCAACAUCUCUUAUCGCAGCUGCCGGGCGGUCAAGAUGUGUUGGCCCGUUAUCAGAUGCAUCGAAUGCAACGAGAACAAGAAAUACAUCGUCAACGAAUUCUGGAACGUCAAUUACAGAAACAUCAGCAACAGCAACGCAAAGCUGCCGGUCGAAAACGAUCCCGGUACCAGGCGGAACCUCACGGAGAAGAGUAUGAAUCCUCGUCUUCGUCCGGUUCGGUCGGCCCUGUUACCCCUCCAGCCAUGGCCAAUCGUGUAUUCAUGGCCCUUUUCAUGUGCCUUACGUUUUUCUCGUCGUCUCCCCUAACCUCUGGUUCCAAUUCCACCGAGCAAUUCCAAAACCAUCAACAUACUUCGCGAACCUCCAGCAGUACCACGGACCCCAUCACUUCCGCUUCGGCCACCCGCCAUACUGCGGAUGCCAACCCUUCCAUCCUGGGGUUCUUGUUUCCCUUUGAAGACAAAUGGGCAACGCUGCAUACAGCUGUAUUUAUGGUCUGUCUUUUGCAAUUAUUUUUCCCAUAUGUAAAAUCGUGGUUCGGUGUGUCUUCGUCUUCAUCGUCGCUUAAAAUGAAACGGGUGCCCAGAGUCAAAAAGGUCACACAAAACCGUCGUCGUCCCGUGACCGGCAAAACGGGAGCCGCGGCCUCGUUCUUGUCUUCCAACCAUGCCAUCACACCGGGCGAUCAGAAAUAUAUGCAGUUGUACGAUAUCCUCAUCAAUUCACUUGCACGUGACAACGAUGCACCCAACCCGCACACAUCGGGCACCGUCUGGCCUUUGUGUAAAGAAACGGCACGAAUGAUUUCGCGUCAUGUUUUCGGUUACGAUAUCCUUUAUGAAGACAAUGUAGCGAAUACCACGCAAGAGGAAUGGGGAAGAGUGUGCAAAUGGAUAAAACUGAGCGAAAUCCAGUGUCUGGGAGGCAAUGCCGACUUGCCACGAUGGACGCUGCUAUAUACCUGUAUCCGUGCUGUCAAUCUAGCCGAAUCCUUGGACGAAGAAGAACACCAACACAGCGGUCAGGCCCGUGCACGAGCCUAUGCGAAUGCGGCCAUGCACAUGGCGGCGUUUUUCCCUUUGCAAUCCUUGGCUACCAAAUUGGCCCGGUAUUUCUGGCGACUGACGGUAUGGGAAGCCGAUUUGGAUGAAGACGACACCAAUGAAGAAAGCGCAGCGUGGAUGCAGUCCUUGCUGUGGUAUCCCAUGGAGGAGGAGGAUCAAUUGCACGACGACCCUGUCGAUAAUAUUCUCGAUUCAGCAGCUUGGAAGGAAAUGAUUGGCGUCGUGAGACUCAAGACCGAUCGACCGCUUCUUCGUGAACGGGCUGGUGGUGCCACUUUGUCCUAUACUUCGCCUGUGAUGGUGCCGUUGGCCCUUCUGUCAUCCUUGCAUCUAUUUGAAAGUCUUCAUGAUCGUUACAUUGGUUUAAUCGAUUGGAUGGUGAACACCUCGUCGGCGGACGUGUUGGACGUCAGCGACUCCAUGUUUGAUCCUGUUUUGGACGUCAGUGUCCAUGUCAAGGAUUUGCAUCUGGUGCGCUGGUUCGCCAUGGUUGGUGCGACGGUCCAAGCCUUGUGGAGACACGAUACACCAACGGCUGAAACUUGUCUGACCUCGUUGGCUGAAAGGAUUCCCGCAGCCGUUUUUUCCACGCAUGAGGAAGUCACCGAUAACGCCAUGUACCAAUCGCGACUCAAUCAACAGGACGAUAUGAUGAAACGAAGCAUGGUUCAUAUGCUGAAAGGCGCCAUUUUGCUUCUUAAAGAGGACUUGUCAAAAGAUCAGCGACAUCAAGGCAUUCGCGAACUCGAAAAGGCGGAAGAACUUCGAAAUCAAGCCAAGCGAUUCAUGACUCGUGGCAAGGAAACCGGCGUGGCCCGAACGAGAAACAAGUCCCGCAAGGUCUUUGCCGGUGCAUCGUCGCAAAAAUCAUCGGCGGACGCAUCCGUGGAAGAACUUGGUUCGCUGUCCAAUCAUCAUUUGGAGCACGCCGUGAUGGCGUUUGCCGAAUUUGCUGUGGCCAUGAUUGGUUUGGAAGCCUGGAUUUUGGCGCUGCAGUUCCGUGAUGCCGAGGAAUCUCAAUCGGAAGCCAGGGAAAAGGUGUGCAGUGCGACAUUGAAUCUGCGACGUAUGAUUCGCCGUCGUUCAUUGGACGGAUUACGAACGAAACAAAUGAUGAUUGAUCGUUUGAGUCGCCUGGGGCGAUUCGUGGCACAACAACCCGAUGAAGUGGAUUCUGCAUGUGAAUGUAUUGACUCAGAUAUGGAUGACGCUUCCGUCUGGGAACAGCACGAUGAAGACGAUCACACCGUUGACGACGAGCAUGAUGAAGCCGAGAUUCUUACCCGACGAUCAGCCAAAGCAAGAGAUAUCCUGCGUGGUCUAGCUUAA